AUGGGAGAGGCUAAUCCAACAAAAGGUAGGAAUAUGUCUGAUGAUUUGAAAGAAGAAUUAAGACAAAAAUUGAAUUUGUUAGUUAAAAAGGUCCUAAUGAAACAAGUUGCAGGGGAAAACAAUAGGCCUGUUGCAGUUUCAUUUCCCAACAACAUAUUGGAGUUUUGUAUUAAAGAAGUAGAGCAGAUAGUUCAACAUGCACAUAUUCCCCCAGCCGGCGGCGCGAAGCACCGUGCGAGGGUACUAAUUCCCCCCGGCUAUUUACACCCGGGGAAACGAAAGCAUUAGCGGAGUCUAAAGUUCAUCAAAUAUCGCGGGCGUGGGUCACGAUGGGUGGUCAUCCUCACUGACCUCAAAAAUAUGGCGGACUGUCAUGAAUAGCGGACACUGAUUGGUCCAAUUUAAAGUUUGCAUAAACGACUGCAUCACGUCAGCGAAAUAGCAAACAUUUCUUGAUUUGAUGAUUCAUGAUAGAUAAAUUUCUUGCGAAUAUACUUCAUUUUUACUCGCAUUUUUGCAAUAUUUUGUAAAUUUCAAAAGCUCUCGGAGAAAGAAACUGCGAAAGAAUCGACUAAAAGAAGGGAGCCGACGUUAACGAAGGUAAGUUUGUUUUAAAUAUUGAUUUUAUAAUGGCUUUAAAACCCGACGGCCUUUGCGUACUGUAUAUGAAACAACUAAACAAGACAGAAUAUAAUUUCAGUGUAUCUUUAAUAUUGAUUCCCUUUUGUAUUAUAUUGAAUUUUUUAAAUGAAAAAGAAAGCAAAGUUAUUUGCAAGCGAAAAUUUGAAAUCAUUUUAUUGCAAACUCAAAGUUUAUCGAUAAACCAUUUUAAUAAUUAAAGGUAGUUAAGUUAAAGAGCACUUUAAAACGUUUUGCGAAGCGUUUGUGGUUGAAUUUUACCUUAAAUUGAGGCUUAUAUUACGUAUAAUAACAUACCUAAGAUAUAUAUGUUGGGAAUUAAUGAUUUUGUAAUUAAAAGUGAUAUUUUUAGGCGAUUUUUCAUUUGUAAGAAUAUUCUUAAAAAAUUAUCGUGUUACCAUGACAACUAUUUUAGAACUUCGUGUUCGGAACAUACAAUGGUUUUGUCAGCAAGGCGAGGGUUUCUGCAUGCAUGUAUUUUCUAGUAUAUUCAGUGUUGAUGAUAACAUGAAGUAUGUUAACAUUUGGCAAAGGACACAUGCAUUACAAGUUUUGGACGUCUUCUCUUCUAUGUUUCAAGAUUUGGACAUAAAUCCAAUGUUGGAUAGUGAUGAUUCAAGUGAUGAUGAUCACAGUCAUGAGGACUAUACUGAAUCGGAUGAGAUAUGUCAAGAUCCAUCGUUUCUUUCACUUUUAGGUGAAUCUGACAUGUACAUUGAUUUUCUUGAUGAAUCGCAAACAAACGAUAAUUCCAUGGAACAAUCAGGUUGUCUGGCAAUUCUUGAAACUGUACUAGACCAAAUUGGCAAUGCUGAUGAUUAA